AUGGCAGCAUCAUCUCGCUUAUUAUCAAAGCCUCCAAAGUCCAAUAGAAACUACGAUGAUGAUCAUAUUCCUUCUGAUCUUGUUCCCCGAGUAUCUUAUGCAGCAUAUCCAUACCCUGGGUACCUGCCGACUCACGAUGAUUAUGAGGACACUACACCUAUGCUGCCGGCUGGCACUCUCCUGCACAAAGGCUUCUAUGAUUUACUCGCAAUGAUCCCCACACCAUCCCCAUCCCGAUUUCUUUGGGGUGGCGGCGGAUCACCCACUGACAGGGAGCUUAUUAGUGCAGGUCAACGUCAUGAGGAUAUCUCCCAUCACAUACCUGCAUCUUAUCCUUCUUCGCCCCUAAAGAAGGGCAGAAGAGUCAGUAAAGCUAUGGUCUCCAGGCCCACCGGUUUCGUGCAUCUUGUCCACGCUUCGGACGCCGGUCAGGCAGAAGCGCUCUUGACGCGUUGGGGUCCAGAUGGUUUGGGAAAGCUCGGAGACCCACGUUGGGCAGAUCCAAUAAAGUCACGAGUAAGGCAGAGCAACCAAGCAAGGGCGAUUAACGAGGUUAUCAACGCCCUUAAACCAUCCCAAGAUAGCGCAGGGCGGCCACCUCCCCUUCGGGUCAUGAACGGAAUCAGCACUACUACUUCCUCCACCAUCACCACAGCUGCCCGUGAAAAUGUCCGCUUCUCACCCGUCGAUGACUUCCCCGUACGCCCAGAUAAUUCCACCAUAAAAUUUGGCGGAGGCCUGAGGGCUCACCCGGAAGUUGGCGAAUACGACGAUGACCUGACCCUUACCCUUCCUGGACCUUCACCAAGGCCGAUUACUCCCUCACUGGCUACCUUAGAGAAGGCCGUCUCCGCCCGGAUCUACUUUGAGAACCUUUACUUUCCCCUCCUUCGGCAGCCUCCUUCUCGAGAACAACGGAGAAUCGCCAUGGAAAAGGAUAUGGUUAGCAUGCGCUUGAGUGAAGAUCAGAAAGAAGGUUUACGUGCUCACUGGCGCCGAAACGAGACUGAAUACCUUCGUGAACGCAGAAGCAAAGUUGAUGCAACAGCAUUCAUCAAACUGAAAACUAUCGGUCAUGGUGCAUUUGGGGUCGUGUCCUUGGUUAAAGAACGAGUCACGGGACAGUUAUUUGCCAUGAAACAGCUCAGGAAGAGCGAUAUGCUUCGCAAAGGGCAAGAAGGUCACGUCCGUGCAGAACGUGAUAUCCUGAAAUCUGCGUCGCUGGUCACUUCUCCCGGUGGCGCGGAGUGGAUUGUGAAGCUGCACUAUAGCUUCCAGGACCGCGAUAAUUUGUACUUGGUAUUGGAAUUUAUGGGCGGUGGAGAUCUCCUGAAUCUUUUGAUCGAGAGAGACGUUUUCGAGGAAGACUUCGCUCGUUUCUAUGUCGCUGAGAUGAUUUUAGCCAUUGAAACCUGUCAUAAACACGGCUUCAUUCAUCGUGACAUUAAACCUGAUAACUUCCUGUUUGAUCCGGAAGGACAUAUUCGUCUGAGUGAUUUCGGUCUUGCGACUGAUUUGCACUGGGCCCAUGAUACUUCCUAUUACGAACAACAGCGGCGUCAGUUGCUGCACAAGCACGGGAUAGAUCUUGAGGACAGCAACGGCAUAGGGGAUGGCACUAGAACCAAGCGUAUGGACCGCAAGGACGUCGAAUUACUGAUGGGAGACGGAAACGGGCAAAGUGGCAUAUUUACUUGGCGGGAGAAAAAUCGCAGGAAGCUAGCCUACUCUGUCUGCGGGACAAAUUCUUACAUGUCUCCAGAAGUCAUUAGGGGCCUUGGCUACUCGUUUUCUUGUGACUGGUGGAGCUUGGGUGUCAUCAUGUUUGAAUGCCUGUAUGGAUACCCCCCAUUCGUUAGCAACUCCCGACACGUAACUCGCCAGAAGAUUCUGAACUGGAGGCAAUCCCUCAAAUUCCCCUCUCGCCCUCAUGUCUCGGGUGAGGGCGUGAAUCUGAUGCAACAGCUCCUUUGUGAGCCGGAGGAUCGUCUUGGAAGUCAGGUUCCGGCAUCUGUGUCGCGGCCAGAUUCCCUCGCUGUUCACGCACGACGCAGCGGGUUCAUCUUGCCAGGGUCGACGUCUGGCAGUGUUGAUGGCGCAGAUGCAAUCAAGGCGCAUCCCUGGUUCCGAGGCAUAGAUUGGGAAAAUAUACACCAUCAUCCUGCACCAUAUCGCCCGGAUUUGCAGAGCCCAGAAGAUACGCGACACUUUGACUCCGACAUCCCACCAGAGCCUUUGGCUCCGGCUAACGGGGCACCGGCAGACGCGACAAAAGAUCCUCUGCUCAGGGACAGGGUCCACGGGGAAGAGAUUCUGAACGUCCGCAAGGCCCUCGCAUUUGCGGGGUUCACGCACAAGAGUCCUCGAGCGAUCAGUUACGCUCGUGCUGAUCGUGCAUUUGAUGUACAAGCGGACAUUCCAGGCCCAGAACGGGUGGUCGAACGGGGUCGUUCACAGUUUCGUAGUGUACACGAGGCUGCCACAGGCCGGGCUAUAUCGCUUUAA